AGUACCAGCGCAUCGUUGUCCUUCUUCUCCACCCUCUACUAUUUGCUUCUUCUCCCUUUCGUUCUCUCGUCCUGAUCGCCUUUCGUUUUUUCCCCUUUGCCCUCUGUUACUCUUCUAUAAGCGCAAUUGUGUAUGCGUCAAUCCCUUGUUCAACUCUUUUCACGAGCGUUACGACCCCUCACUACCCAAGCAAGACAAUUCUCCUGCACACCACCGCCGCUGAGGUUCCACGUCGUAGCCAACCCAAAUAAGGCCAAAAUGGCUACCAGUACUACUAAAACUGGGCAACCCCUUGACCGCCCUACCUUAGAUUCCCUCCUCCGUCGACGGCUGUUUUACACGCCCUCCUUUGAAAUCUAUGGCGGGGUAUCUGGCCUUUAUGACUAUGGCCCCCCUGGUUGCGCCCUCCAAGCCAAUGUUGUCGACAUUUGGCGAAAACACUUCGUCUUGGAAGAAGAUAUGCUGGAAGUCGACUGCACAAUGUUAACUCCGCAUGAAGUGCUUAAAACAUCUGGGCACGUGGACAAAUUCGCCGACUGGAUGUGCAAAGACCCCAAGACCGGUGAGAUCUUUCGGGCAGACCAUUUGGUAGAGGAGGUGCUUGAGGCGCGACUGAAAGGCGACAAGGAGGCGCGUGGCCAAAAGGUAGAGGUUGAGGAAGAGAAGGACGCCAAACGGAAGAAGAAGGCCAAGGAGACCAAGGCUGUCAAGCUUGAUGACGCUCUGGUCGCCGAAUACGAGGAAAUCCUGGCCAAGAUUGAUAACUACGAUGGCGAGGAGCUCGGGCAGCUUAUCGUCAGAUAUGAUAUCAAGAAUCCCACUACUGGAGGAGAUGUCUUGCCCCCAGUCUCGUUCAACCUUAUGUUCCAGACUUCAAUUGGCCCGAGCGGCGGCAUGCGUGGAUACCUCAGACCCGAAACUGCCCAGGGACAAUUCCUUACGUUCCAAAAGCUUUUGGAGUUCAACCAGCAGUCAAUGCCGUUUGCGUCUGCCUCGAUUGGAAAAUCAUUCCGGAAUGAGAUUUCACCGCGCUCUGGACUUCUACGAGUACGAGAAUUUUUGAUGGCCGAGAUCGAGCAUUUUGUAGAUCCAGAGGGCGGCAAGAAACAUCCCCGUUUCCAUGAGGUGCAAGAUAUGGAGUUGUCAUUCCUGAACCGGGAGGUCCAGCUCUCUGGCAGCACCAAAUUGGAGAGAAUGACCAUUGGCAAAGCUGUUGCCGACAAGAUUGUUGAUAAUGAGACCUUGGGCUACUUCCUAGCUCGCAUUCAACUAUUCCUCUUGAAAAUCGGCAUCGAUGAGUCCAAAAUCCGGAUGCGCCAACAUAUGAUGAAUGAAAUGGCUCACUAUGCCCAAGACUGCUGGGAUGCAGAGCUGUUUACCUCCUAUGGCUGGAUCGAGUGCGUUGGCUGCGCGGAUCGCAGUGCUUAUGAUUUGACAGUACACAAAAACAAGACCGGCGCUCCUCUCUUCGUACGGGAAACUCGCGCUGAACCACUUCGGAUUGAAGAGUGGCAGAUUGACUUGGACAAGAAGAAGUUUGGCCCUCGCUUUAAGAAGGAUGGCAAGCUUGUCGAGGCUGCCGUCAACGCUCUGACUCAAGAUCUCCGGGAGAAACUAUCGCUAGACCUUAAACAAAAUGGUAAGAUUGAGAUAGAUGUAGAAGGCGUUGGCUCUGGCAAGGUCGAACUCGAGAAAGACAUAAUCAAUAUUGAGAAGCGGACGCGAGUUGAGAAUAUCCGGGAAUAUACCCCCAAUGUGAUUGAACCAUCUUUUGGAAUUGGCAGAAUUCUUGCGUGUUUGAUGGAGCACGUAUAUUGGUCAAGGCCGGACGACGAGGCUCGUGGUGUGCUCUCGUUCCCACCAAUCGUCGCUCCAACGAAAGUCCUCCUAGUCCCACUCUCCAACCACCCGUCAUUCCAACCCCUUGUCCAUCGCCUCACGCUGAAACUCCGUCGCCUUGGAGUGUCUAACCGAGUCGAUGAUUCGUCCGCGAGUAUCGGCAAGCGAUAUGCUCGCAAUGACGAGCUUGGAACCCCCUUUGGUAUCACAGUUGACUUCCAGUCGGUGAAAGACAACACCUUCACACUGCGAGAACGCGAUACCACGAAACAAGUUCGUGCCAGCGAGGAAGAGAUUUGCAAAGCUGUCAAGUCAUUGGUAGAAGGAGAGGAGACGUGGGAGGAUAUCAAAAAUCGACUCCCUGAGUUUGUUUCGCAGGAUGUGGAGUAAGGAAAGGGAAUACAAUACAACCUAGAAUUGCUCUUUUUAAAACAAUAAAUAAAUAAAAAAUACCUGAUAUAUGGAAGGGCUAUAUGAUGGGACAUGCUACUCUUCUAAAGACAAUCAAAAUAAUCUUUUAAAUGAGCUACAAUUCUCUCCCUUUAUCUCUUCCAAAAUUCUCUCUCCGGAAGACUCAACUUCACGUGAUAACAUCCCAGUCCCGU